AUUAGCUGUGGUGGAACCCCGUCAUCCUCCCCUCCCCCGUCCCCUGUCUGUGAGGAUGCUGGACGGCGGUCCUGAGCUGUGACUCCUGACGGCUCAGACAGAGACAGAGCCGCGACCAUCUCGGAGACUCCUGUCACGUGGUUUUGAGGCUUAUGACUGAACGCGCUUGUUUGGGAUGAUUUCAAUUAUGGUUCGAUUUAGGAUCCAAAUUCCUCGGAGGUGCCGCUGAUGGUUCAUUCCCACUCCGACCGGGUCCUUGCAGAGUGAUGGAUACAAAUGAGUUUGUCGUGCUGAAACUUUUAUUUCUGGGGUUUUUGGUUAAUACCUGGAUGAUGAGUGGAACAUCGGCCUCUGACAAUUUCAACUUGGAGCCUACCAUUACCUGGAAGAGGAGGCUCUGCAAUGAGUCCCGUCUACGGUGGGAAGUGGAAGUUUGUGGAGAACACUUCAAACGGGACAUGGCUCACAUAGACCCGGAGCAAUGGUGUAACCUCACAUACUUCAUGAGUGAGUACCACCUCUUCACCCUCUGCACAGAGACAAAGUCCCACAAUGUUGACUGCUACUGGCCCAACCCGCUGGUAGAGAGCUACAUCAUCCGCAUACACAAGCACUUUUUCUCCAAUUGCACCAUAGAGGAGGUGAUAUGGGUGGACCCGCCGGAUGACACUCUCACCAUUCUCAUUCUCAUACCGGUUUUCCUCACUUUGGCCAUGAUUGCUCUGGUGGUCUGGUGCAGCAAAAGGAGUGAUCUCCUGGCAUAGGACAUGAAAACGGAAGAUCGAGAGAAAGACUGAAACUAAGAACCAUUUAAAUCUCUUCAAUAACUUAAUACUAUAAUUUGUUUUGGGUUAAAUUGUCCCAUUAGUAGCACAAUAAACAACCUUCUUCUUUUACGAGAAAUAAGAAAAGCAGAGAUGGUCGCUCCAGUUUGUGACUUAAACUCGAGUCACAAAAACAAAUACUUUGGACUUGACUUAGACUCACAAUCUAAAGACUCGAGACUUGACUUGGACUUAAGAUCUGGGGCUUGAGUCUCAUGAACCAGCUUUUUCUUUUGUAAUUAGAGGUUACAGUAAGCUUGUAAGUAUCAAAUCAUAAAUCAUAUCCCCUCUGAGUUAUUGUAGAGGGUAGUGUGAAUGACUCAUUACACAGAGUACAUCUCUGUAAUGUUUCUUACCUGUUAGUUGAUUCACAAGUGUUUUGUUCUGAAAGAACAAAACAUUUAACUGACCUCCAGCAUCUUAUUCUCUCCCUACUAAGGUAGCAUCAUUAUAACGGCAAAUUUAGUUUUACAAAACAAAACAUUUUAUUCUUUGAGAAAUUUGACAUUAACUGUUAAUUAAUCUAUUUUUAUUAGUCUCGCAUGAACAUAAAAGCAUAUUUUCUGUGGGAUAAAUGAGGGGUAAAUAUAAUUUUUUUAUUUUCAAAAUAAUGCUAUGCAAUCAUUUUCCCAUGUUAAAUUAAAUGUUCAGAAAUGAUUAAAGAUGUUAAAUGUUAAUUUGUUUUAAUUCUCAAAGGCAAAGAUUUAAAUUCGUAACCUAUAGAAUUUGUGCUGGUAGGCAGUCUAAACAGCAUGUAUCCAAUGUGGCAAUAUUGAUUUUAGUCACCUGAGCACGUGUAGACCUGAGACUUAUCUCUUAAAAGCAGAGAUUUGACUUGGACUCAGGGUUAAAGACUUGAACCUGGACUUGAACUUGCCCCUCAAAGACUUGAGAUUCAAAUUGGACAGGGCAAAAGACUUGAGCCUUCACUUAGGCUUUUGUCAAAGGAGUUGAGACUUGACCUGAACUUGCCUCUCAAAGACUUCAGAUUUGACUUGGACUCAGGGUAAAAGACUUGAGCCUUGACUUAGACACAGGGUUAAAAACUUGAGCAAUGAGUUAGACUUAGGGCAAAAGUCUUAAGACUUUACUUGGCUCCCCGUAAAAGACUUGAGAUUCAAAUUAGAUGCAGGACAAAAGAUUUGAACCUUCACUUGGACCAAGGGCAAAAGAUUGGAAACUUGACCUGGAAACCCACCUCAUGAGCCUUGACUUGAAAUUGGACAAAAAAUAUGACUUGUGGACAUCUCAAAGAAAGUAGUGUGUGGCAGUGAAUGGCGAUUUAUUGUUUAAUAUUACUAUGAUAACAUAGAUGUUCUUCUACACAUUUGACAGUGACUCACUGUUUCUUGUUGAAAUGUUCCACAAAACCUUUAAGAGCUGCACUUGUGCUUUGAUCAGGGUUGAUAAAUAUAAAAUAAAACAAAUCUUUGUCCUCAUGCAGCCGGUAGUUGCUUAGCAAGACAAAAAAAAAAAAACAGUUGGAAAUUGUCUCUGAAUUAAAGUCAACAUAAUCCCUUGAAACCACUACUGUACUUGCUUGAAAUGAACAACAAACAAGCCCAGAUGUAUUAAAGUUUUAAAGAGCUUUUUUUUUUAUUUUAUUUUUUUUUAACCAAAUUUCACAAUUACCCGGUUGUUGCUUUGUGUUUUCUAUUCUUAAUGCUAAGCUAACCAGCUUAUUUGAGGCUUUUAGCAUUCAGACUUUAAAUCUUCUACCCCUAAGAGGUGCCGAGGACGUGGGUUGUUGGAUUGGCCCUCACUUACUGGGUUGAUUCGCCCCAGAGGACAAUUCUGUGAUGCCUUCCUGAAAUCUCUUGGAUGAAGACUUUUGGCCUCUGAUAUUCCUGCUGGAGCACUGUCUCAAUGCUGAGGGCCAAAGUAUCCACCACGUCAGUGACUGACCUCUGAACUGAUGGGUAAUCUGAGUCACAGAAGAAGCUAUAUUUAAAUGUCAUCACGCUGUAGGAUUGCCUAAAAGAAAACCAAAGUUGGAAUUUGUGCUGUUUCAAGGAAUGUGAUGUUUAGACUUGCUAAAUGACUGAAUGGAUUGUUACCACUGGAAAGAAUACACUUUAUAAAGACAAUGAAACACUAUCAUUUAUAUAUUUUGAGACUCAAAUUUCCAGUUGGACUGAUCCCCAAAAGUCUGUUUUGUAGCAAUGUAACUUAUAAGAUCUUGCUGUUAAAAUACAAGUGCUCACAAAGGUGAGUUAUCUGUAGAGGCCAAGAUCUGUCUGUGCUGUCUACUGUAUCUUUGUUGCUUCUUCACUGUUAUGUAGACAAGAAAGAGAUGCACACUGAUACUUUAACACAAGAACAUCAAAGGAUCAAUUUGACUCCCUGAGGAGUUUCAGACCUUUAUUUCUCUUAAAUCAAAUCCUCCAUGGCUCAUACUUUAUCACUUUUCCUCAAAGAGCUUUCUUCGGCUAUGCGGGGGCUUUGGAACAUAAAAUAUCCAAAUUAGGACUAUGCAUACCGAGAACUGGUGAGAGAUUCAUUUUGAAACAUAUUGGCACUAAGCUGUAGUGUUAUCCAUGUGGUUGGGUUUGUCAACUCUUAUUCUACUCAGAAUUAAGAAAAUGGUGAAAGAUUAGCAAAGGAAUUUGUACCUCUAACGUGCUGUCAAAAUACUCUCUUGUGUGGUUUUUUGGGUGUUGGAAUCUUGGUGCUUCAAAUGUUAAGACAAAGUCUAGGCAAAGUAAGGAAAGCUAAUUGUGUUCCAGUAGGAUUAGCUCAUUGCUAGCUUACAUUAGCAAAAAAUAAAUUACUCUGAACGUACAAACACACCAACCUUGUUUCCUGACAGAGUUUGAGCAGUAGUAUGUCUGCGACUAAAGUAUUGCUCCAAGUCUUCAUAAAACGUUAAGUAUAACGUCUUUUUAUGACCAAAGCAGCCAUGUUGGAUUUUGAGUUGGAGGUGUCCCACCUUUUAAACUGUGAAUCCAACAUUUCUGUCUACGACAGUUUGUAAAUGCAGACUUUUAACUUUAAAUAAAAUGUAACAUAAACUUGGCACUGUUUUUAAUUUUGUUUUAAAGAAACAUAACUCUUAUCACAUAAGUUUCUUUUCACACAGUUUGAGUAGCCAUGCAAGGUUUUAAGACCAUCAAACAUUUUAACAUAAAAUUAAAAACUCUACUUUGUACAUUGAAAAUGCAUGUUUUGCAUAACAAAAACCAGAAGGUCACCUGCUUUACCAUAAACGUUUGAUAGGGAAUGAUAAAUUGGGGAAGCGCAUUUUGCUACUGAUAAAAUAAAAAGCAUAGCUUUGUGUCAUAGGUUUGUGUCAUAGGCCCUGCUCACAUAAACACAUUAAAUGUGUUUAUGUGAGCAGGGUUGGUUUAUGUUUAAAAGUAGUACUUUUGCAGCAAAAAUGUUUUGCUGCAAAGAAGAAAUCUGCUCAGUUUGUGUUUUCAAACCACAUGCAAACUUAUUUAAAAAAGGCCCUCAAAGUGGAGAUUUUUCAAAACUCAGUUUAUGAUGUACACGUGUGAACUUGAUAUCUGGAGAAAGCACAAUAUUGAAACAUUUUUAAUUUCACCCCUCCCUUCAUCUCUCUCACUUUGUCCUUUAGCCUAGCCCUGUUUUAGCCUUUCUCAAAAGCUUCCUGCAUUUUGAUCUUGUUAAUAGUUACAUUGUCACAGCCUGCCUGAUCUUACACCAUUUUUAUCAGACCCCCACAGUGUAGAAGCAGUUUUUUUAACUGAGGAACAAAAAAUUUCAAAAACCAUGGGGAAUAUUGUAGCAUUAGCCAUAGCUUGCCCAUCCAAACAAACAUUCUGAACAUUUCCCUAGGGAAGAAAAUUUGCUGUAUCUUGAAGAAAACUUUCACUGACAUGAAGACAUUUUUGUUUGAGUGUGGAAAAAGUCCCAAAAAGCUAUCUUUAAAACUGUCUUGUACACAGCUUAAUUUUUAUAUGAUUCAAAUAUUUAUUUAAUGGAAAGUAAAACCCCUCAAGAGAAGUAUUUAAAUUUAGAUGUUGCCUGUAAUUGUUACUUCACGUAAUAAAAUUAGAAGUAUUAACAUUUUCCAACAUACUUUUUUUUUUAUUGUGAUCUAUCUAUUUAUAUUUUAGAUAAGCUUGUUUGUAAAUGCUCAAAAUCUGCUGUUUGUGAACUUUUGCUUUUUCACAGGUUUUCACACAUCUAAUAUAUAAUGUGUAGAGUCUACUUAUUGAUUUGCCUUGGACCAGCUUUGCAUGAAACCAUUCAAAUUGCAGGUUGGAAUAUAGUGUUUAGGGUACAGUAGUGUAUUAGAGCCACAGUAGGAAAGAAGAAGCAGGUAGAGGAGACAUAGGGAAGGAGUCAUAUUUGAAAACAAAUAAUCUACACCUUUCCUUAAAUAUUGUCUUUUUUAAUAAAUAAAUUAAAUCAC